AUGUUCAAAAAAGACUUCUCGCCAGGCGCCAAGUCCAAGGUCAAGUCCUCUGCCCAGCGGGCUAUCCGCGCGAAGAUCCUCGAGACAUACCCUCUCAUGGAGCCCUACAUUGAUCAGAUUAUGCCCAAGAAGGAGCAACUCGAUGUUACGAAAAUCCCAGAUCGCGUGCAGCUGUACACCCUCGGCUCAACUCCUCUAUUCUGGCAACACAUGGACGACCCCAUUAUGCCCCAUCUGAAAGUUGUGCACCAAUACCCACAGUGCUUUCAGCACAUACGCAUAGAUCGAGGUGCCAUUCGAUUCGUGUUGAGCGGUGCUGCUCUCAUGGUUCCCGGACUCACGAGUCCUGGUGGAAGACUACCGGGUGGGGGUGACGAGCCUUGGAACAAUGCAGGGAAAGAGAUUGAUGCGGGAGAGGUCGUCGUAGUUGAUGCAGAGGGCAAGGAUAACGCAUGCUUGGUGGGUGUUCUGAGCGUGGGAACAAAGGAGAUGAAGGAGAAGAAGAAGGGACCAGGCAUCGAGGGGGGGCACUAUGUUGGCGAUGGCCUGUGGAAGUUGGACUUGUAAUGGCUUGAGAUGGCCGUAAAUCUCCACUAAGAUGCCCAGAGGCUGCAAUACGACUCGGGCCGAGUCCUACAACAGCAAGACGUUGAUGGAGUCUGACCACUCGCGCUGUUAUAGCGUAGCAGUGGGCUGCACAGCAGACUUUCGUUGUCUUAUAUUGCGGCAACGUCGAGACUCGAGGACUAGAAUGAGCUCGCUCGCAUGCAUGCUUGCAUGCUUCUUCCCCUGCCACCCCCUCAGUAUUGCUGCUAUUGCAGCGUAGUGAGAGCCGAAUACGUGGGAGCGAGCCUUCUGGAAGGUGUUGUAGCGAGCCUCGUUGAAUUUGCGAGAGGCCCAGUCAAAGUGCCGCCUCGGAGUACACCCAAUGUGCAGUACCUCUGUUGGCGGACAGCCAGACUUUCCAAGUCGCCUCCGAAUUCAGGCUGAACUACUCGUUUGAAUACAUGUAGUUCAGCGGUUAGUGAAUGAUUCAAGUGAGAUCGAC